GCUAAUUGCGGGAACGCCAUGGUCGUCACGAAGGAUACGUUCUUGCCAACGGAGGAAGAACUUACCGUGCCGGAGAUCAAUCUUUCUGGACCAGCUCUCCGUGCCGGUGCUUUCCACCUCGGCAAGUAUUGCGAGGCGCAAAAUAAUGAAUUCAUGCUAUGCCGACAGGAGUUGGACGAUCCGAGAGCAUGUGUGAACGAAGGCAAGGAGGUUACGAAUUGCGCGUUUGAAUUUUUCCGUAAAUUAAAAAAGACUUGUGCUCAAGAGUUCACUCAGUACGCGAACUGUCUGGACAAGAGCAGUGGCGAUAUGAAUUUCAAGCAUUGCCGCAAUACACAGAAUGUUUACGAUAAGUGUGUUUUCGAUAACAUGCAACUGGAGCGUCCCGACUAUGGAUAUUUCUGCCGUGCUAAGGUUCAUGCAACGGAGCGUCCGCCUCCGCCGAAGAAAGAAAAAGCGGUUUAUCCCGAUGCCACUCCUGGACUCCCAGCUGAUUAUCCACGGCCGGAAGCCAAAUACGGCUCUCGUUUCCACUGGCUGAACUAGUCGAUGAAACCGAAAUGAUCGAGAGUCGGUAUGCACCGGUUACUGAUUGUGUUGAGUGUAGAUAUGCAAUGAUGUCUGUUGGUCCUACGAAUAUCGCUGUGAAAGCACGCUGGCCAGCAUCAUAUGGAUCGUUUCUUUAGCUACAGUAAAACGUUGCCUAAAACAAUGAAUAGUUUUGAAGCCAAUCGGAAUUGAAAUUCUACCGAAAUAAUUUUGUUCGCUUUCAACUGAAAUUACAACGUGCUUCGGAAAUCAACAGGAAAGCUAUAAAUAAUUCAAAUAUUCAGUGUCAAACACAGCGAUGAUGAUGAGGCAACAUUCUUAUAAUAAUACCGUAGCGUAAAAUAACCACUGGACGGUUAUUAUUGACAGCACUAUGAAUAAUUGAUGAUAUUUCUAACUGCAUCCUUUUGUAUUUCUUCCGUAGAAAUACUCAUUU